AUGUCCGGAAACCUACCCACCGCCGUCACCCCGCGGCUACUGGGCACCCUGCGCAGCCAGCCCGGCCUACCAGACGACGUGUGGUACACCAUCGUUGCCACCACACUGUGCGUCUUGAACAGGCCAGAUGAGAUCCAGGCAAUCUACACCCAUGCCGUUGCAGCAGACGCAGGUGCGAACGCAGUCGCAGAUCCGGUCGCAGAUCAUGGGCGACAACUGAGAAUAGCGCGACGUCUCCGCGAGGCUCUGUUGAAGGCGUCCGCCAUAGGCGGGCUGCCAAAGACCAUCAACGCCCUCCAGGAGCUCAAGAAGGUCGUGCCGCCAGGAUGCUUUGACGAGCCGCACGGCGAGUCGCCGACCAAUCGACGGCGGGACAUCUACGAGACGCCAGCGCCACAGGUGCUGCAGCGCGGCAGGCGGUUCUUUGACGAGUGCUAUGGCAAGGUCGCCGGGCGCGUCAUGACCUCCCUGGACCAUUGCGGCACCGAGGACCUUGGCCUCGCCGUGCGGCUCACCUACGGCUACGUACUGAGUACAACGGAGGUGCUAUCCGAGGCCGAGACGUCCUUCGUCAUGAUCGCGGGCCUGAUACCGCAGGAUGUAAACCCCCAACUCAAAGGGCACCUCAGGGGCGCUCUGAACGGCGGCGCAAGCAUUGAGCAGGUGCGCGCUGUGAGACAUGUCUCCAUCGAGGUCUGCCGGGCUUCGGGCAUGCGCUUGCUCACGGCGGACGACGCGCCUGGCUGCUGGGGCUGGCGAGCCGAGGUUCAGAACCUUUGA